CCCUUCUCCGUCUUGGGUUUUCUUUGGAUUCCAUACAUUACGUAUACACACAAUAAAUAACUUGUUACUAUUAUUUUCUCUUGUGAAAAAAAAAAAACCAAAAAAAAAACAAAAUGGGUAACUGCGUAUUCAAAGGCAGUGGUGGUUCAAGAAAAUUGUACGACAACGAUGAUUCGUUGAUAAAAGUGGUGACUCCAAACGGUGGCGUUAUGGAGCUUCAUCCUCCCAUCUUAGCCGAAUUCAUCACAAACGAAUUUCCCGGCCACGUCAUCCACGACUCCUUAAGCCUUCGCCACUCAUCUCCACCGCUUCUACACGGCGAAGAGCUCUUUCCCGGUAACAUAUACUACCUCCUCCCUCUUUCUUCCGCCGACUCAACCACUCCACAGUACUCUUCCGAACAACUAUCAACGCCGUACAGAAUGUCUUUCGGGAAAACACCGGUAGCGACGGCUAUGAAUGGCGGGGGAGGAGGUGGUUGUGGAGUGUGGAAGGUGAGGCUUGUGAUAAGUCCGGAGCAGUUGGCGGAGAUUCUUGCGAAGGAUUUGGAAACCGAAGCAUUGGUUGAAAGUGUGAGGACGGUGGCGAAGUGCGGCGGAGGUGGACUUCACUCGAGGGCCAACUCAGACCAGUUAAGCGUUACGAGUAGCUUCAAAGGGAGGCACUUCGAGAAAUGAAACUUCGGAUUUAGGCAUCGGACAGCGAGAGGGAUUAAUAAAAGUGAAAAGUCACUGUAGCAGACUUAUUUACCCCCAAACGA